AAAGCCUAAGGAAGGAGAGAGGACCGUUUCUGCGGAGUCGCUUCUCUCUCCCAUCAUCCGCCCUCCCCAACCCAGCUGGAAAAGGAUCUUUUUUUUUCCCACCGGGAGAACUUUCUCAAAAAUCCAUCAAUCUGGAGAACAAAGUGCCUGAUCACGGAAAGCACCUCUGCUUUCUCGCCCUGGAGGUGUCAAGCGGAGAGGCCGAAAGGGCGCUGCCGCGAGCCUGGAACGACCCUCCCGCAGCCAUGGAGAAUGGGAUGCAGCUCCUGAACCGGGAUGGCCACAGCAUCUCUCACAAUUCGAAGCGGCACUACCACGACGCCUUUGUGUGCAUGAACCGGAUGAGGCAACGGGGCCUGCUCUGUGACAUUGUCCUGCAUGUGGCCACCAAAGAGAUCAAGGCCCACAAAGUGGUGCUGGCUUCCUGCAGCCCCUACUUCCAUGCCAUGUUUACAAAUGAGAUGAGUGAAAGCCGGCAGACCCAUGUCACGCUCCACGAUAUUGACCCACAGGCGUUGGAGCAGCUGGUCCAGUAUGCCUACACUGCAGAGAUUGUGGUAGGAGAAGGAAAUGUGCAGACACUGCUUCCUGCUGCCAGCCUCCUCCAGCUGAAUGGGGUACGGGAUGCUUGCUGCAAAUUCCUCCUGAGCCAGCUGGAUCCGUCCAACUGCUUGGGCAUCCGGGGCUUUGCAGACACGCACUCCUGUAGCGACCUGUUGAAGUCGGCGCACAAGUACGUCCUGCAGCACUUUGUGGACGUCUCCAAGACAGAAGAGUUCAUGCUUCUGCCUCUCAAGCAGGUCCUCGAUCUCAUAUCCAGCGAUAGCCUCAACGUGCCCUCGGAGGAGGAAGUCUACCGAGCCGUCUUGAGCUGGGUGAAGCAUGACGUGGACAGCAGAAGGCAGCACAUCCCCAGACUCAUGAAGUGCGUCCGCCUUCCCCUCUUAAGCCGGGACUUCCUGAUGAGCAACGUGGACACAGAAUUGCUGGUGAGGCACCACUCGGAGUGCAAAGACCUCCUCAUUGAAGCCCUCAAGUACCAUCUGAUGCCUGAGCAGAGAGGGGUCCUAAGCAACAGCCGAACCCGCCCCCGGCGCUGCGAGGGGGCCAGCACGGUCCUCUUUGCUGUGGGUGGGGGCAGCCUCUUUGCCAUCCACGGGGACUGUGAGGCAUAUGACACUCGGACAGACCGUUGGCACAUGGUCGCUUCCAUGUCCACCCGUCGGGCCAGGGUGGGUGUCGCCGCCAUUGGGAACAAGCUGUACGCCGUUGGAGGCUAUGAUGGGACUUCGGACUUGGCCACAGUAGAAUCCUAUGACCCCGUUACCAACUCUUGGCAGACAGAGGUUUCCAUGGGAACCAGACGGAGCUGUUUAGGGGUGGCGGCUUUGCAUGGGCUCCUCUACGCGGCCGGAGGGUAUGAUGGAGCGUCGUGUCUCAAUAGCGCUGAGAGAUAUGACCCUUUGACAGGCACAUGGACCUCAAUCGCAGCCAUGAGCACCAGGAGGAGAUAUGUCCGGGUUGCAACGUUAGAUGGCAACCUUUAUGCUGUCGGGGGAUACGAUAGCUCGUCACAUUUGGCAACGGUGGAGAAAUACGAACCUCAGAUUAAUACAUGGACUCCGAUUGCCAACAUGCUCAGUCGGCGUAGCAGCGCCGGCGUGGCUGUUCUGGAAGGGAUGUUGUAUGUCGCGGGAGGCAACGAUGGGACCAGCUGCCUUAACUCCGUGGAGCGCUACAACCCGAAGACAAACACAUGGGAAAGUGUGGCGCCCAUGAACAUCCGAAGGAGCACCCAUGACCUGGUGGCGAUGGACGGGUGGCUGUACGCGGUGGGCGGCAACGACGGCAGCUCCAGCCUCAACUCCAUCGAGAAGUACAACCCGCGCACGAACAAGUGGGUGGCGGCCUCGUGCAUGUUCACCCGCCGCAGCAGUGUGGGCGUUGCCGUGUUGGAGCUCCUCAACUUCCCGCCCCCUUCCUCGCCCACCCUCUCGGUCUCCUCGACAAGCCUUUGACAAAGAGUCCCGCGGCGCCUCGCCUCGCCCAGACUGCAGCAUCUGCCGGAGUGCAAGAGCCGCCUGGCCUGACCCCGGCGGCAGCCGCUCCCUGUGACGUGGCAUCGACGACGAGGGGGACGAAGAAGAGGUCGGAGGUGUAGAUGCUGCGUCAAGACUCUCUCUCUUUUUUAGUGUUAACUUCUUCUUUUCCUCCAUAGGGGCCUUUUUCUGGCUCUUGCGGGGCAUCUCCGAGAACAGAUCUUGACGAUAACCGCCCCCCCCUUAAGACAAAAACGUCAGCAGCCUUCCUCGUUUUUCAUCGCCUUUUUUCAUCUUCGCUCCACCGUCGUCGUCAGGUCCCUCUCGACCGGCCACAGCAACGUGGCUGCUGCUUCCACAAUCGGAUUCGAACCUCGGGCUCCGCUUUUGCACCAAGGAACCUAAAAACAGCCAUGAUGGGAUGCAAGGGGGGGGGGAAGAUGCUUGUCUGCUAGCAAGCGGAAGGUCAUUGACGUUGCCCUGCACCAGCAGCUGAAUGUGAAGCUGUGAAUGUCCUGAUUCGCCAAAACUACUUUGCCAAGCCUCUAUAGCGCACUGUUAAAGACCGUGGGGGUGAUGCCUGUUCCGCUAGUUUCUGUCGAAAAGGAUGCCUUAAAAUGAAAAACAAAACCAGGGCUGGAGGAGACGGUAGCAUUGUGAAACCUCUCACAUUGUCUGUGGUCCUUUGUUCUCUCUAUGUGGUUGUAUGCCACCCUCCUCUGCCUUUCCUCAUGGCGUAUUUUGGGGGCAUCCACCCACAUGCUGGCUCUGUUAAAUUCUCCCCCCCAUGCCCACCCCUUGGGAAGAAGCAAAUCUUAAAGGUAGACUGCUCUCUGACAAGGCUGCUCCUAGGAUGAUACUUGGAGAACAGCCAAAGUGAACAAGGCGGAGCAGAUUGCACCUUGUAUUCACAUGGAUACACGUUUCUUGGAUUUUAUUUUUAUUUUAUUUGUGUUGCGAUUUUAAAACUCUUUAAUUGGCUUUCAGUUUUUGAGCAGAUCUGCUAACUUCUUUAUUUAUUAUUAAUUUAUUUAUUUUAUUUUUCUUAAGAGGCAGGGUUGUGGAAAGGAAAAGACAAUUGCCAGGGGUAGCACUUGUUUUAAAGAAACCAACCAUACCUAUAUAUUUACAGCUGUUAUGUAUAGCUGUGUAUGUUUUCAUAGGCAGUCAGCUGCAGAUCUUUGGAAACUGUAUUGGGGGGGAGGACUUGUUCAGAAGUUCUGUUUAAAUGAUUGAAAUGGUAUCUGGCAAUAUAGACUUCCUAUUGGAAUGAAUGAGAGAAAGACAUUCCUCACACCUCUUUUUGGGGGGUUCAGAAUGAAGGUUGCGCAACCUUGUGUCCAACCUCCACUCCUUAGAGGGCGUUAUUGCGUUGUGUUUCUGCUGUUCAUCUCAGGGUGCUAGAGCCCCAUCCAUUUCAGAGUGGCCUUGUGCAAUGCUCCUUGGCUCCUGCUCUUUUCAGGACGAUCAUCUUGCGAUAGCCAUUCACUUCAGAGUGGCAUCGUGCCGUUGGCAUCCAAAAGCGAUUUUGUGUCCGGGUGCUAUUGUAAAACUCUCGUCAGGUCCUCCUCAUUUCACUAUGCUGUUGCAACACUCCUCAUCAAGGGAUGACGUGGACAUGUCCUCUUCAACUCCUCCUCCUAGCCCGGUUGGACAGCUCUUGUUGAUUUCAGAGGGCGCACUAGGUUUUCAUGUUAACUUUCAUUUUGCGCCAGUGGCGCUCUCAAGAGGAAGACUUCUCGGUAAAUUGUGACCCAUUGUCCUUUGGUCGGGAAAAAGGACUGGCUGUGGAAAAGCUUGCACCAAUGGACGUGUGACAGAGAGUACGCAAGGAAAUAAGAAAACGCCAUAGGUGCACAAGAAGAACCUGCAUUGAAAAUGCUAAGGUUCCCACACUGACCUUCCCCCCCCCCGGACCGCAAUCAACACUUUGCUUUCGAUUUUUACUGUACACCCCAACGGUUCUAUUGCUGGAGACUUCCCAACUCCCAACAAAGCCUCUCUUUGAGAGCAGGGGAAAGGAGGGUGCUUAAACAAAUGUUUCCCUACGUUAUCCAUUGUUCUCUAAGGUGCAGCUUGAGGAUCCUCAAGAGAGAGAGGCAGAGGGAGGCUGAAGCCUCAAGAUUGACCAGCCCCAUUUCAUCCACUGAUCAACUCCAACAGAUCAUACUUUGACUCUUCACUAGCCUUGGGAUUGUUUUGGAAUUGUGGCCUAACUGAUCUAGUUAAAGACUUCUAGUUUUUAUCUGUUGAUUGAUUGAUUCAUUUUUAUUUAUUUAUUUAUUUAUUCAUUUUCAGUUUCACAUUAUUUACUGUUUCUACUUCUGUUGUCUCUUUGUCCUUCCCUAUUUAUUGGAUUAGCUCUACUGGUCAUAAUUGGUAUGUUUUUUUUGGGGGGGGGGAUAGCUGAUAUGUAACACAGCUGCAUUUCUUUCGUUCGUUUGCAUCCUUGGUGUUUGCAUGGAGGGAGCAACCCGUGGUAAAAUAUUGGCUGUUGUAUUUCUGGGCAAGGGAUGAAGACUUCAGAGUUUCAAAGGCAGAGAGAUUUCAGCGUGAGGCUAAAGGCAGUGAGAUUGCCAUUGAGGUCAGAACUUCUUUGGGCCUAAGGACGACAGGGAUCAAAAGCAGACCUUGGAAAAGCCGUGGUUUUGGGAUUCAACUCUGGCAUGAAGUCCAAAACAGUAACUUUUAGGAGGCGUGAACUCCGCGAAGAGGGUGAAGCAGAGGGGUGCCAGAGAGUUUAGAGCAGGCCUGGGUAGCUUUCUCCCAGGUUUCUCCUCUCCCGGGAUGCGGUUUUCUCAAGAGUUGUAGAAUUUAGUGCUGGCUCCAUGUAAGACUUAGAGAGCAGGGGGUAGCACUCCAUAGAUUCAGAGAGAAAAACUUCACCACCCUUAGCCCGUCUUCACAAAAUGACACGUGGUGUCUUCUCAAUGCACUUUUUGGAGGAACCUAUUUAGCCCUCCAUGCAGAAACGCCCAAAACAGGGAUGGAUGGGUGAGUCGAGGGAAAGGCACAUUUUCAGGGGAGGGGGCAAAGGGUGCUUGUAAAAGUAGCUUUUGAAAAUGCAAGCACCAAAAACAACCACCCCUGGGGGUAGUAAGCAUUGCUGUAGCUUUCUAGUUGCAAUAUUUUUUUGGGGGGGGGAGGGGAAUACACAUAACUGAUUUUUAUUUUAAGAGUGCCUUCUCUUGUUAUUUUUGUGCUUGUGGCAAGUCCGGUGCUACAACGGUGGCCUCUUUGAUCACCUUCUCGUGUUGUUUACUUUUGUCACCUGUGUAACACCCUUGGCUUAGCUGUGAUGGUGUGGGAUAUGAAAGGGUUGCCCAAGGAUACGUUGAUCCUUGUGCCUCUGAGUCCGUGGUUCCCAAACUUUUAUUCUUCCAGGCGUGUUGGACCUCUGCAGUUUGGAUGUCCUUACCCGUGGGGAAAUGAGAUAAUGGUAUAGAUCCUCUGUGCAUCUUCGUUUAUGGAAGAUGUUGCUUUGGAGAGGUGGAUGCUGAUGCGUUGGUUCUCUUUUGCAUUCAAUCCAACUAUGUCUGGAGAGGAAAUACACCCUGAAUCAGCUCAUUAAUAUGCCAUUGUUAUGUCAAAACUAGCUUCAACCUGUUGACCUUCAGGAUAGAAGGAACCGCUGGCAUCUGGCCCUACUACGUAACGCCGGAAGGAAAAAGCUCCGCCAGUUGUAAUGUGCAACAGUGCAGAGCUGUGGAUGCCUUGAUAAGCAAAACUGUGAAGUGUGUACCGUUGCCAUAUGGAGGGAAAAUGCAACCAGCAACCUCUCUUAAAAAUGUCUGUGUGAUGAUGUGUGCUUUUCAUUUUUCCCUUUUCUGAGUUCAAACCACUAGCCCAAAUUAACUAAUCUUAACAUGACUUUUGAAAGUGCUUUUCAUCCUUGGUGGUUGUCCGCCACCACAGGCCUUUAGGGGUGUGUGUGUCUUGUUGCCCCGAGUUUGAAUACGUAUUGUCCGUGGAUUGCCACAAAAACAAGAUGAAGGACAAACAGGAGGAGAUAAAUCUGUAAAACCAUUUCCUCCUCAACAUCCUUUUGGAAAUAACAGGCUCUGGCUUAGCCAUAGAGCAAGUUCCCAGCUCCGUUACCCAACGUUAAAAGAGCCUUUUUCUUUGUUCACUUGUUUGUUUGACUUGAUCUGUAAGUGCGUGUCACUGUAUUUAUGUGCAUUUCAAUGUUAUUUUGUGUUUCUCAAUUUUUGCACUAUAACGGGGUGGGGAUAUGAGCAAUACAAGCCAGUGUAUAAAAUAAUAAUAACAAUAAAAAACUUUUU